AUGUCCCAGUCCCUUCGCUGCGUCUCCUCCCUGUCCCCUCCCCUCCAUGCUUCACGCAGGCUGGAAGCGGUGGAGCGACCCCGGCACGCUGGAAGCGGUGGAGCGACCCCAGCACGCUGGAAGCGGUGGAGCGACGCCAACACGUGGGGGGGAAAACAGUCUCUGCUCUCCUGUGCGUGGCGCAAGGAGCUGAAAGCAGGCUAUCUUACUCUCUUCUUUCCAAUCCUCCGGUCCCUCCGCUGCUCCUCAACCAGGAUGGAAGCGGUGGAGCGACCCCAGCACGUGGGGAAAGCAGUCUUUCAAAGGGUGGCCCUUCCGCCUGGGCGUGCGUGGGUGGGUGUGUGGCAAGAAGAUGAUAGUCUUACCUGGUCUUACCUCUCUGCUUGUUUACGCAGGCUGGAAGCGGUGGAGCGAUCCCAACACGUGGGGAAAGCAGUCGCUACUCCCCUGGGACAAGAAGCCCAAGGGGUGGCCCUUCCGCCUGGGUGUGCCGGGACGCGGGCUGCUGCAGUGGCGGGAUGUGACUAUACCGUGUGUGCUUCCGCUCUCUUCCCCCUCUCUCCCUCUUCUCCCUCCCUGUGUGGCGCGGCCAUCCUGCUGGAUGUGACUGACGUGAGGGUUGGAAAGCCCAAGAUCAAAGGGUGGCUCAAGUACUUCCACCUCCUCUCUCACCCUCAUCCUCUCAUGCCUGCUUGCCUGUCCCGGUGCCGCCUGUCUGCCUCUUCUUCCUCCUGGUGUAUGUGA